AUGACCAAAUCCACUCGACCCUUGGCGAUUCCGUCGCACAUCGAGGGCACCCGUACUGAUGACAUUCUCUCCGAGUCAAUGCUAACCCCCGGCUCGAGUUCGACGGGCUGGGCAAAUGAAGAUGUUACCUCCAACAGCCUGUCAGGGCGUGGAGUGGGUUUAAAACGGUUGGAGACAGAUAUACCGAACGAAGAUGAUAGACCAGGCAUUUCAACUUCUCGAGAAGACGAAGCGGACGAUGAACGAGACGGAGAUGAUAACGAGCUGGAUCGUUCCGUGAAUGAACGAUAUAGGGAUAACCCGGGGCGUGAGAUGGGAGAUGAUCUCGAGAUGGCUUCAUAUUCGUUGAAUUCAUAUACAAUCGAAGAGGAGAGACAAGUUGUGAGGAAAUUCGAUAGACGAUUGACCAUGUUCCUGGCAUUUCUAUAUCUGCUCUCGUUCCUUGACCGGUCAAAUAUUGGAAAUGCGCGAAUCGCAGGGCUUAUGGACGACCUGAAUCUUUCUUCCGGCCAGUACGAAUGGGCUCUCACAGCCUUUUAUAUCACCUACAUAUGCUUCGAAUGGAUGACUCUGAUGUACAAGAUCCUUCCAGCGCACAUUUACAUCCCCAUAUGUGUCUUCUCCUGGGGAGUCCUUGCCUCAAUGCAGUGUCUAGUUACAUCGUUCUGGCAGCUCGUCUUCCUGAGAGCUCUAAUCGGUGUCUCGGAAGCUGCCUUUUCACCAGGUGUUCCGUUUUUCCUAUCUUUCUUUUAUAAGCGUGAAGAACUUGCUUUUCGCACAGGGAUGAUAUUAUGCGCUGCUCCCCUAGCAACCUCUUUUGCCGGAUCCUUAGCCUGGUUCAUCGUGUGGGUAAGCGAAAACGGACCAAUAGCUCCGUGGCGUGCAUUGUUCCUCUACGAAGGGUUUCCCAGCAUCAUUGUCGCGUUCAUUGCCUGGUCCUAUAUCCCUGAUGGUCCCGGAAAGGCGAAAUAUCUUACACCCAGAGAGCGGAAGGUUGCUAAAUUGAGACUGAAGGCUGGAAAGCCGAAGCAUGAGAUCAAGAAGACUAGAUUUGAUUGGGGAGAAGUUGGUAGAACGCUGUGUGAUCCCAAGUCUUACCUUACCGCAUUCAUGUUUCUCAGCUGCAAUGUGGCAUUCAGCUCUCUCCCAGUCUUCUUGCCGACCAUAUUACAUGACAUGGGGUACUCAAAGCUUACAUCUCAAGCUCUCUCCGCACCUCCUUACCUGUUCGCCUUCAUAGUAGUCUUGAUAACUGCAUCUCUAUCAGACCGCCACCGGAGCCGCAGUUUCUAUCUCAUCAUUCUCGCCCUUAUCUCAUCAGCUACAUACCUCACUAUCGCCCUCACAGGUUACUUCCACUCCCACCUUCCUACUUCAGUCCAUAUCCUGAUCAGAUAUAUAUGCCUUUACCCCGCUGCGGCCGGUUUCUUCUCCGCCAUCACUAUCAUCAUAGCCUGGACCAUGGAUAAUAAACCUGCAGGCGAAGGUAAAGGUACCGGCAUGGCUAUACUCAAUAUUGUCGGCCAGUGCGGACCCCUGAUCGGUACAAGACUGUACCCUGAUACUGAUGGGCCAUGGUAUAUCAAGGGCAUGAUAGUGUGCUCCUUAUUCAUGUUCCUAGUUGCAAUCCUUGCAUUUUCCCUCAGAGUCCUACUUCAGCGGGAAAACAGGCGGGCCCUAGCUGAUGCAGUGGGUGUUGCGUCAGCAGUUAGAGAAACCGAUAGUGAAGAGGAUGCUAUGCUCCGUACUCAAGAGCGGGACGGAGCAACUGAAAGGCUUAUGGGACCCGGUGUUUCAAAGUCGCCGGCUGCUAUGGAGAAGACAUCUCGGCCUCGCUUUGUAUAUAUUAUGUAA